GUAGCACAGCGGUGGCGAUGGGUGUUAUGCAGGGGUCAGUUCGCAUCCUACGUUUGCGUGGGAAUGCAUCUACGGCACACGAUGAGGAUCAUGCAAGUCCGAGAACUUGCAGGUGCAUUUAGCACGCUCUUCUGCAAAGUGUUCAAUGGAGUUCGAAAUUAUUAUUCCUCUGAAAUAUGCUGCUAAUCAACGAGAGAAUGUGCCAACAGUAUAGAGUUGAGGUUUGCUUAACAGAAGAGGGGUCACAGUUAGCUUCGCGUUGGGUUGUAUGCAAGUGUGAACCAGUUACCCAUUUGCUAGCUAACUUAGUUAGCCAGGACAGAGCAGAACUGCAAAAGGGACAGAUGCGGCUCAAAGACCCUUUCUCUUUAAAGUCCGCUGAUAUGACGAAGCGGACCAGUAAGCCGAAGAAACCUCGGGAUGAGGAGUCCUCGGAUGAAGUUGGUGGCCUCAUGUGUCAGCACGUCAGCAAGGCGGUGGACCUGAGCGCGGUGAAGAAGGCCGUGACGGGCACCGUGUGGUCCGUCUGCACCGACUGCUUACGGGAGAGGAACCUGAACGAAGGGGAGGCGGCCGGAUCCCAUGACAUCCUCGUGUGCCUCAAGUGUGGCUUUCAGGGCUGUAACCAAUCAGAGAGCCAGCACUCCACCAAGCACCAGCAGAGUCCUCACCCCGAGGCCCACUGCAUCACCAUCAGCCUCAGUACCUGGAAGGCCUGGUGUUUUGAAUGUAAUGAAGAGCUGUCCACUCACUGCAACAAGAAGGCCUUGGCCCAGACGUUAGACUUCCUUCAGAAGCACUCUGUGAAGGCAACCACAGGAUCGGCAUCUAAGCUCAUCAGACUUCGCGAGGAGCCGUCGGACCACGCCGACGGCCAGCGGGGGGGUAAGAGCGCCCCCAACAGCACCCUCGUCCCCGUCAAGGGCAUCAACAACCUGGGCAACACCUGCUUCUUCAACGCCGUCAUGCAGAAUCUAUCACAAACCCACAUGCUGAAUGAAUUGAUUCAGGAGGUGAAGGAGAAGGGUCACAAGCUGAAGAUCGCCCCCUCUGGAGAGUCCAACAUGGGGGCGCUGACGAUCACCCUGUCCAGCCCUGAACCCCUCACCUCGGCCAUGUUCCUCUUCCUCCACAGCAUGAAGGAGGCCGGGAAAGGAACCAUCUCGCCCAAGGUCCUCUUCAACCAGCUCUGCCAGAAGGCCCCUCGCUUUAAAGGCUACCAGCAGCAAGACAGCCAGGAGCUCCUUCACUACCUGCUGGAUGCCAUGAGGGUGGAGGAGACCAAGCGGAUCAAGGCAGGCAUCCUGAAAGCGUUUAACAACCCCACUGAGAAGACAGCCGACGAUGAGACCAAACGUCAAGUCAAAGCGUACGGCAAAGAAGGCGUGAAGAUGAACUUCGUGGAUCGCAUCUUUGUGGGAGAGUUAACCAACACCAUCAUGUGUGAAGAGUGUGAACAUAUCUCCACGGUGAAAGAGGCCUUCAUCGACAUCUCACUGCCAAUUAUAGAGGAGAGGAUCUCCAAGCCCUCGAACCCCAGCAGAUCGGGAAAGAGCAGUCGGGAGCAGGAAGCUGUCGUAACCCACGGCGACGAGCCCUUGGCAAUGCACACUCAGGGUAACAGAGCCAUCAGGAGGCCGAGUGCACCGAGGCAGCCUGGCCGGCGUUUGUCCAGCAGUCAGGACGAGAGGGGAGGGGCCAGCUGCAGCGCCGCCCUCAACGAGGAGGACCUCUGUUCGGCUGGGCGGGGCUUUGCCGGCUGCCGGGGAGGCGGAGCCGGCUCUGGUAGCCAAUCGGACGGCAGCGAGAAGGAUUCGGGCGCCCAGGACAGCAGUAACGACGCCGACAGCGAGGCGUCCGAGAGCGAAUGGUCGCCCCGCUCACCCCCCGGACCCAGCCACCGAGGGAGCAUCACCACCCCCACGCCCGCUGACCGCACCGCUAAACCCGCGCCCGCCCCCGCACCGGCCCCCACCCCGACCCCGGCGCAGCAGCACCACCUCCUCCACCCCGCUCUGCCGUCUCUCAGCGCCAGCCACCGACCCCAGCAGGGCGGCGCCGUGGAGCAGCUGGUCAGCGCCGUGUCCAAGCUGGGCCUCGUGCACACCUCCCCCGACACGCUGCCCCCGGACGAGCCGGCCGAGUCGGCCUCGCAGCCCCCCCACGUCUACCCCCACCCCCACCCCCACCCCCACCCCCACCGCCACCAGCAGCAUGGGCAGCAGCAGCAGCAGCAGCAUGGCCACCAGGGGGCGUUCCAGGCGCUGUCCCACAGCUACAUGCCCUGCUCUAAGGAGUGCUCGGUGCAGUCCUGCCUGUACCAGUUCACCUCGGUGGAGCUGCUCAUGGGCAACAACAAGCUGCUGUGCGAGAACUGCACGGAGCGCCGGCAGAGGCAGCUCAGGAAGAGCAGCACUUCAGGGAAAAAGUCGGAGCGCGUGUACACCAGCGCCCGCAAACAGAUGCUCAUCUCCUCCCUGCCGCCAGUGGUCACACUACACCUGAAGCGCUUUCACCAGGCAGGGAUGAACCUGCGGAAGGUGAACCGACACGUGGACUUCCCUCUCAUCCUGGACCUAGCACCCUUCUGCUCGGCCUUGUGCAAGAACCUGGCGCCGGGCGAGCGGGUCCUGUAUAGCCUCUACGGGAUCGUCGAGCACAGCGGAUCGAUGCGUGGCGGCCACUACACGGCCUACGUGAAGGUGCGCAACCCCGUGAAGAGGUCCGACCAGCGCCGCAACCAUUCAGGUGGGCGUGAGGCCAGCGCGUCGUCCCAGGGCGGUCAGUGGGUGUACGUCAGCGACACCAACGUCCAGACGGUACCGGAGUCUCGCGUGCUCAGUUCUCAGGCCUACCUGCUCUUCUAUGAGGAGCUGCCUUAGGGAGCGCGGGACGGACAGAGACGGGGGCGAGUUGAAUGGUUGAGUCCAUUAAAGGGGUGCACUGAAUGUUCAAGUCUGUUGUGAGGACACUUUGAAUGGAAGACAAUUCACAUGACAUAAACUUGUAUAAUAUCUGCUUGAGUGUGUGUGUGGCUUGGGGUUUUGGGCAUACUUUGAUUUCUGUGUAUGUAUGGGGUCUGGUAGCCUGGGUGAACCCAAUUUGAAUCAGCUCUGCAGGUUGGUCUGGAGAGAAGCCCUUUGACAUCCGUUUUCGAAUCUUUGUUUCUUUGGAAUUGAGUAAGAAAGAUGUUUGCUGCACUUCUGAAACAAUUUAGUUGAAGUUUAAUUUCAAUUUAAUUUUACUGCUGGUUACAGUAUGUCCCUGGAAGUUGUUCAAUGGAAAGUUCAGACACGGGUGUCAGUGGAGUGCUUUCCUUUUCAUGCAGAGCAAAUUUUAAAUUCAUCUUGUAGUUCAUCUGGGUUCAACCAGGUUAGGGGUCCGAUGGAUGGGUGUUUAUUUAGCAAAGAGUUAUUUUUUAAAAAUAUAUAUAUACAAAUAUUUUAUUGUACAGACAGAUGGCUAAACAUAGAGGAGGCAUUGGAGUGAAGCGGGUGAUGAGCCUUGCAGCAGUGAGUAAAUGCCAGACUGGGAUAAGACUUCUAGGAGAUGGCAGAGAGGAAAGGCCGGGGUGGAUGCAUAGGAUGUGUGUGUGUGUUUGUGUGUGCAUGUAUGGUGUAUGUGUGUGUGUACGGUGUAUAGUGUAUGUGUGUACUCAUGUGUGUGUGUGUGCUUGUGUGUAUGGUGUGUGUGUGUGUGUGUGUGUGUGUGUGUGUGUGUGUGUGUGUGUGUGUGUGUGUGUGUGUGUGUGUGUGUGUGUGUGUGUGUGUGUGUGUGUGUGUGUGUGUGUGUGUGUGUGUGUGGUUGAUGCAUAGGAUGGCAAACCGCACAGUGAGUGCCAAAGAAAGGACAUGUGGCAAAGGCAGUGCCUUCCAACGGUUGCUGGAGAGCCCUGUGUGUGCAUGGGUUGUGUUUUUGUGUUGUGUUUUUGUGCCACAUCAAGCUCAGUUUGUGCAUAAAACAUGACAUACUUGACUUGUGUACUUAACAUACACUCAGGACACACACAGACACAUACACAUACACAUACAUAUACAGUAUACAUGUAAUGUUUUGUACAUACAAUACAUUUUACCUCCGCGCACACACACACACACACACACCACACACACACACACACACAUACACAUACACACAUGCAGGCAUAUACAGUCAUACAUAUAAACAAAAUAACAUACACUUCCUCUCACACACACACAAAAAAAAUCACAGAGCACAAAAUAGAUUGUAGACCGGCAAUCAAAGGGAAAGGCCAAACCGAUGUCUCACUAUAUUGCCAGGCCUUUUUGACAAUGAAAAUAAAUGCAUAAUUUUCUUCUGUUUUUCUUAUUGCAUUUUCUUUUCAAUAUCUCCUGUAUUCUGCUGACGGACAGUGUGACUCACAGCUCCCUGAUGGCCUUAUGGCACCGCAUGCAAUAAUGUUCUUUUCCCGACUUGUUUACGUUUGUCCUCGUAUAUAUUUUUAUAUUUUGCUAUUUAUUGUUAGAUAGAGAGAACAUGAAAUGGUUUAAGAAAAGAAAUAUGUAAUUCAAAUAUUUUUUUGUGUGUGUGUGUGUGUAAGAUCUUGUUUUGUUUUUGCUUGUAAGAUGCCUCAUUAUGACUGAGGUCCUUGAAAAGAGAGAAACCUGAAGAAUUGUAACAGAAGUGGCAUUGCACGGGCAGCGUAUCCACUAAAGUGGCAUUGCACUGGCAGUGUACCCACUAAAGUGGCAUUGCACGGGCAGUGUAUCCACAGAAGCCUCUCAGUCUCGAACAGUGCCUAUGUCAGCGUUCCGUUAGUACGGUCUUAUUUCACACGCAUGUACAGGGCAAUUAUUCAACCAUACAGCUUAUGGUUGAACCAAGAGCUUUCCUCUUCGCUUUUUUAACUUGAGCAAUAUAUACACACACACACACACACACACACUCACACACACACACACAAUAAUGUAUAUACUAUUACUCUGUGAUGUUAUACAUGUAUAAUUGGCUCGUGCGAGAGCGUUGCAUACAGUACACAGAAUUAUGAGGUACCUCAGACUGCAGUUUUUCCUUUAAGGUUUUUCCUUUUGCUUGAAUGUUAUUCAACUUUGAUAUACUGUAUGAUGAUUAUCAUAAACCUAAAGUUAUCACAUUGAUUAAGAAAAUAAAAGCAUUCUACUUCUAUGA